UCAGGAUCGACCGUAUCUACUGUCAGCGGAAGUACGGGAUCCACCAUCACUGGAGAAUCAACCGUUUCUGGCUCGACAGAAUCUACCGUUACUGCGGAAUCUACAGUUUCAGGAUCAUCCGUGUCAACUGUGAGUGGCAACACAGGAUCAACCAUCACUGGAGAAUCAACCGUAUCUGGGUCGACGGGAUCGACUGGAGAAUCCACAAUUUUAGAAUCAUCCGUCUCAACUUAUCAACCGUCAGUGCUAGCACAGAAUCGACGGUUUCCGGGGGAUCCAGCGCCUCGAUAGGAUCGACAAACACCCCUGAUAGCACGGAAUCCACAAUUUCUGGAUCAACGAUCAGUGGCAGCACUGGAUCAACGGAGUCAUCAACAAUGAGCGCAGGAACAGGCAGCACUGAAACUUCAACAUCAGGAGGAUCAACAGUGUCAGGAUCAUCUCUAUCCACGUCUAGCACAGAAUCAUCGGGGUCAUCAUCCACACAACCACCAUCAACAAGUACAGAGUUAACAGGCGCGAACAAUAAAUUUGGACAUUCCAUAUAAAUCUUUAUCGAUUCUGAAAGACUGACUUUCAAAAUAUUGUUUUUUUUCAGGAUCGUCAGUGCCAACAACUUCCAUAACAAGUUAGUUGCCAGCAAAACUUUGGACUAGAAACUCAUAACAAUGUGUCACUAUUCGAGAUUUAAUGUCAUUUUUUACAGGACGAGGGCUCCUGAUAAUUUAUUGAAAUAAAUAAUGUUACAAACUUUUUUCUCGUCUCGGAACAUCACGUGUAGAAUCAUUCGAUUUUCUCUAACAAUUGAUGAACCGUAGAAUAGAUAUUAACUAGUCAGCUUUAGUCCAGCUAAAAAUUUAGAAUUUAUAGUCUCAGAGCCUCAGUUUCAGAACCUACCGUAACCUGCCUUUUCAUGUAUGACACACAAUCUUCUGAUAUCAGUCAAGAAGCUCUCACUACAUAUCAAACGUACUACAAUUUUGUCAGACUGAUUUCGUCCAAAUUAAAUGACCGAUCAAUUUUGAGCGGAAAUUUUGAUCAUUUUGGAUACGGUCCCGGAGGCGAAGAUCAUGAAACUUAUCAAAUUGAUGACUAUGCAAAUAUGAACAGCAUACCAUUUCCGUUACAUGCAUCUGACACUGACAUUGAUCUUGAUUUGAAAGAUGUGGAUGGGAGCAUGGCUAGUGCAGGAUGGUCAUCAACUGUCAAUGGUGAAACCUGCAUGAUUUUUAUUUCUGCCGCGACAGGAACUGCCUACGAUGGUACUACAAUUAAGCCAACAUAUAAUAAUUUCAAAACAGUGAUAGGCGUAUUAGUUGGAGGAGCCACAAGCAUUCCAGGACUGACUACAGGUACAAAUGUGGUCACAGCAGAUUCACUGAAUGAUUCCGAUGCUGAAAAUGUUGUGAACACGUUGCUGGGACUUCUUCUAUCUUUGUAG